AAAUGAUAUUUUUAUUUUUUCUUCCUGGCCGACCCGCACGUUGUUUAACCUACAAAACCCUACCUUCCCCUAUCUAACUUCGGCGGAUCACUUCGGCGGAUCACUAACACCAACUAAGAUAGAUGGCUUCUUUGUUCAAGGAUCUCGCUAAGCUGUCGGCCUACAGGGACAGAAGGUUCCACGGCAACCAGGAGGAGUACGAGCGGGCGCUUCAGGCGUCGACGACGGUCUACGUCGGCAACAUGUCAUUUUACUCCACUGAGGAACAGGUUUACGAGCUCUUCUCCCGCGCGGGCGAGAUAAAGAAGAUCAUCAUGGGGCUGGACAAGAACACAAAGACCCCUUGCGGCUUCUCCUUUGUAUUGUACUAUUCUAGGGAGGAUGCUGAAGAUGCUGUUAAGUAUAUUAGUGGGACAAUGCUCGAUGAUCGUCCAAUACGUGUAGAUUUUGAUUGGGGGUUUGAGGAAGGCAGGCAGUGGGGUCGUGGUCGAAGUGGUGGACAAGUGAGAGACGAAUAUCGUACUGACUAUGAUCCAGGUAGAGGUGGCUAUGGAAAGAUGGUCCAGAGAGAGCUAGAAGCACAGAGAGAAUUAGUAGAUUAUGGUACAGAUGCUCUAGGUGCUUUUCAACCGGCUGGCCCAUAUGGCAGGCAUGGCGGAGAACAUGGACAUGGGGGGUCAUAUAGGCAUGGUAGAGAUCAUCGAAAACGGUAUAGAGAUGACGAUCGCUCCACAUCCGAAAGAGUAUCAAGUUAUGAAUCAAGGAAAACUACAGAUCAGGAGCAGAGACCGGAGAAGAACCCUCGGUUUCGAGAGAGUGGUGACUCGGACGAAGAAGAUGAUGACCGAAGAAGACGUCGGUAACAACAAAGAAGCCAACGCGAUAUCACUUUUGUAUUGUGAACUCUUGCUGCAAUCACAUGCCACUAGAAUUUUUAGUGAUGCAGGACUUCAUGUGGAGUUUGUAGUUGCAUUAUUCUCCAACACAUUCUGCUACCUAAGAUUUUAACCAAAAUGCAUUUUAUGUUGCAUUAAAGACUGAACUUGAAUUUCACAAAACCCCAAUAUUCAUACCAA